CUUACAGUCGCGGCGACGCAAUAUUGUACAGCAGCGCGGUAGAGAGACCACGAACGAGCGAAUCGAAACGAGUGCGGCACAGUCUUAGGGGCUACUCUGCAUCACCCGGUGCUUCGGUCGCUCUUCGCACAUCAUAACUUUGCAGUCAAGUCAGAAAAAGAAAGGAAAAGUAAAUCAAGAAGAUGGGUGAUCUCCACGCUGCCACUGUGGUACUGAGCCAGGACAGCCUCGCCGUAGCUCAACUGGAGCUCGGCAGCAAUCCCAAUGCCCUCUCGCUGCGCCGGCCCUUCGAUCCGGCAGCUCACGACCUGGACGCCAGUUUCCGCUUGACGCGGUUCGCGGACCUAAAAGGAUGAGGGUGCAAGGUCCCUCAGGAGAUUCUUGGUAAACUCCUCGAGGGACUGCAGGCCGACGAUAACGGCGCCCAGGAUCAUGAGCACGCCCAAUUCAUUCACAUGGCGACACCGCGAAUCGGCAUAGGGAUGGAUUCGUCCGUGACUCCAUUGAGACAUGGCGGGCUCAGUCUCGUCCAGACAACGGACUUCUUCUAUCCACUUGUCGACGAUCCAUACAUGAUGGGCAAAAUAGCUUGCGCUAAUGUCCUUAGCGAUCUGUAUGCCAUGGGCGUCACCGAGUGUGACAACAUGCUCAUGCUCCUCGGCGUCAGUACCAAGAUGAUGGAGAAAGAGCGCGACGUCGUCGUGCCGCUCAUUAUGCGUGGCUUCAAGGAUUCGGCCACCGAAGCUGGUACAACGGUUAGCGGUGGACAAACUGUCGUCAAUCCCUGGUGCACAAUCGGUGGAGUGGCCACCACAGUUUGCCAACCCAACGAGUACAUAGUUCCUGACAACGCGGUCGUAGGUGACGUUUUGGUCCUCACGAAACCGCUGGGCACUCAGGUAGCCGUAAACGCACACCAAUGGCUCGACCAGCCCGAUCGAUGGAAUCGCAUUAAGCUCGUGGUGAGCGAAGAUGACGUUCGCAAGGCCUAUCAGCGAGCCAUGGACAGUAUGGCGAGACUCAACAGAAUAGCCGCGAGGCUCAUGCACAAGUACAACGCGCACGGCGCGACGGACGUCACGGGCUUUGGCCUGCUGGGCCACGCGCAGAAUCUCGCCAAGCACCAGAAGAACGAGGUGUCGUUCGUCAUUCACAAUCUGCCGGUCAUCUCGAAGAUGGCCGCGGUGGCCAAGGCCUGCGGCAACAUGUUCCAGCUUCUGCAGGGACACUCGGCUGAGACCAGCGGCGGACUCCUCAUCUGUCUACCUCGGGAGCAGGCGGCAGCGUAUUGUAAGGACAUCGAGAAGCAAGAAGGCUAUCAAGCUUGGAUCAUUGGCAUCGUGGAGAAAGGAAACAGGACGGCAAGGAUCAUUGACAAGCCCCGAGUUAUCGAGGUCCCCGCUAAGGAGAAAGACGGCGAGUUAUGGUAGAAAGAACUAGGAGAAAUCAAUCGAAAGCACGUUCACCCGUUCGUUAUAUCGUAUGUGCCGCUGCCAAACUUAUACUAGGCUGAUAACAUCAUUUUAUUUAAUUGUCAAGACUUUUCGAACGGGCUUUUCAGCCAAAAAAAAAGAUGACAAUGAUGUUACUUUUACUAUAAAAAUUCAUAUGGACAUAUGUAUAUACAUUGAUGAAUUUAUAUGCAUUUUUUAAUCAAUAGCUCAAUGAGCUUGAAUCUAGUUGGUCCUGUGAGAAUCAUGUCUAAAUGUAAAAGAGAAAUCAAGAUCCUGAUAUUUUCGACACAUUUAUUUUUUAACUUAAAAAAUAUACAUAAAUUCUACUCAAUAAACACUUUACAUACACACACACACACACACAUCACACGGACACAACAUAUAAUUGUAUACACACUAUUAUUAUUAUUAUUAUUAACUCUUCGAGUGUCCACGUUUCUGUUGGUAAUUUAUUAUUAUUAUUAUAACUAUUAUUUUUUUACGAUACUUUGCUGAAAAAGACUCAGGAUCUAAAAAAUGUAUUAAACCUUUUUUUUUCGUACG